AUGGCAUGGGCCAAAGGGUUUGAAGGGGGAAAAUGUACCUACGCCGAAGCUGCCACACCCCCAGAAGGAGUUUCCGCUGGCAAGCCAAAACCAGUUCCAGAAGUCGAACAAACCCAAGACCCUCAUGGAUCAGUGCAAGUUGUCGACGAGAUUGCCGACGACGCUGAGAAGGUCGUCAAGGAUGCAUCGGACGAGUUCAAGAAGAGCCACCCAAAGACUGAGAAGGACCUGCAACAGUUGUUAGGCAAAAUCAAAACUACCCUUGUUGACUUCGCCGCCACCGUUAAAGAGGCCGCCUCCAGCGCUGCUGUCCGUUCUCAGGAGGAGUUGAAGAACCCUGUCGUUUCAUCCCAUGUUGUAGCCGCUGGUGUUGGAGCCGCCGUUGUAGUUGCCUCCAAGGCCGGCAAGAUCAACAACGUUUUCUCUCUAGACCAAUUCACCAAGAAUCAAAGAGUGGGCGUUAUUGCCGGAGUAAUUGCCACCGUGCUCAUUGUGGACGGACUGCUAACCAGUAAAUAUUAUCCUAAGUACAAGAAGAAUUGA